AACCGGAGGAGCGCAUCAGUUUCAGUUUAAAUCCCGCCAGGCCGAGAUAGUCGUGAUCGGUGUGUCGGAAGUAGUGACUAAAGGUGUUCAAGUGCAUAAAAAGCGAACAAAGGAGAAAUAAAUUUCCCCUGAAGUGAAAUUCGCCUUCUGAUCGAGAGGAUGAAGCACUUUCCUCUUAUCUCAUUAGGACUUUUAGUGUCGAUAUUCGUCAGCUCGUCGAUAUGUUUGGACUUAUUCGACGAGAACCCCUUUAGACUAACACAGUUCGAUGAAGAGUUCGCUAAUUGGCAAAAGAACUUCCAAAACUUUCGGGGUGUGCACAACGAGGGAGACGGUAGCAACAUUGGAUUAGUGUGGCCGUUUAGUAACGUUCAUGAUGAACCGCUUUCCAGGACUCCGACGGAGUUUCAGUUCGCAGCUGAUGCGCAACCGGCUUUCGACCGACAGCCAGAACCGCAUCUAGAGAGAGAUCGUGAAUCACUGGAAUCUGACACCGAGAUUCUACCCAACACAUACAGCAACCCAGACAAUGGUCAACCAUUGACACCAGCCAGACCAUUCAAUCCGGCGAAUCAACCAGUUGACGCAAGUUCGUUAUUCCAGCAUCAUUUCAACACCUUUUUCAAUGCUCCGGAUGCGGGUUUCUUCAGCGGUGGCUUCCCUGGUAUCGGCUUCCUCGAUUUGCAAUCUAUCAAACCAUGGUGGAAAGGUGAAAAUGUUUGCGUGGAACGUGAGGAGCAAGAAGAGACAGAGGACGGCGACGACAACCACGAGAUCGCCGUUGAUGGUGGCAAUUUCCAAAGCUUUGGCGUCGUCAAUUUGAACAUCGAGACGUGCGCUGAGCGUCAUAACAAACACGUUUGCACCUCAAUUAAAAAUCAUAAUGGCCGGAAGCGCACGGUUAAGGUCACCCGUCAGUGCUGCCACGGUUAUGCUCGUCCAAGAAAUGGACCGCCCAAUGCACACUGUGAAAAGAUGGAUCUCUACCGGUUGGAUGAGACCGCUGAGCGUCUCGGUGCGAAGGAAUUUGUAGCGACCUUGAAGAAGAGUGGCCUCGAAUCUAUCCUAACGAAAGAUGUCACAUUAUUUGCGGUUCCCGACAGUGCGUACACGAAAUUCGCUGAGCAAAUGUGGGAAAACAAUCUCGUUGCAUUUGAUCCUGUAAUGCGUGCAAAACGGCAGAUUGACAUGUCCGGGAUGACCGCACGUGAUUUGAUCCUGGCGCACACUGUGAAUGGUUCCUAUCACAUUGAGGAUGUGAGCAAUGAACAGUUGUUGAAAACUGAACUCCCCAAUACUAAUAUUCGCAUCAACAUUUUCCCACGAGCUCCAUCGGAAGAAAACAUGGAUCAUCCUUAUCGUUACACUGCUAAUUGUGCCCCUCUAGUAAAACUUAAUCGUGUGGCAGAGAAGGGCAUUGUACAUUUGACCGAUCGUGUUCUGAUGCCAGUUCGUAACAAUAUUAUGGAUAUCAUUCGAGCACGGGACGACAUGACGGUACUGAGAACAAUUCUGGAGAAAACAGGGGUCAACAAAAUGCUCGAGGAAAUUGGUGAUGAUAAACAUUUUACUUUCUUCGCACCAAAUGACGAUGCGUUCUUGAAACUGGACAAAGACAUUCGUAGAAAGUUGAAGGCCGGUAAUGGAUGUGCUGCAAAUAUCUUGAAGAAUCACAUUCUGGACAUCACGUUCUGUUCCUUGGCUGCUGUCAGUGGUGUCAAGACAUCAACAUACAAUCUUCUCAGUGAGAAACUAGAACUCGAGUAUGGCUCUGUCCCGAAAAGCGAGGUAGAUGACCUGUCUGACAAAAAAGUUCAGCAUCUAAUGAUCAACGGAAUUGCAACUGUUCGCGAAUCUGAUUUGUUGGGUACCAAUGGUGUUAUACACGUGAUCGAUACCGUUUUGCCGACCACUAGUGGAAUGCCCAUCUCCACCACUCUUUCCGUACGUAAUUUCACAAUUUUCAAACAAUUAAUCGACGAUGCCGGUAUGGAAGAUGAGUUUGAUGCUAUGUCCAACAAGACAUUCUUCGUUCCUUCGGAUAAAGCUUUCGAACAGUCAGAAAUUGGUCAAUAUUGGAUUAGACAAUUGAAGGAACAUCCAGAAAGUUUGAAGGACAAUUUGCGCCUGAAGGAAUUCUUGGAAUAUCAUGUCGGUGAGCCAUUAAUCAAAACAUCUGAUCUACAGGAAGAUAUGAUUAAAACUAAGGCCGGUCAAGAUCUCCGAGUCAAUUUAUACACUACGAAUCCUAUAUUUAGCAAUGUUAUCAACCGCGCAACCGUAAAUUGCGCUCGUUUGGUACACUUUGACGAUGAGACUUGCGGUUCUGUGGUGCAUGAAAUCGACAAGGUGCUCGAAACUCCAGAAUCGAAUCUGAUUGAGGCUCUCAGAACGAACCCUGAUUAUAGUAUGUUCCUUACGCUGGUAGAAAAGGCCAAUCUUACGGAUCUGCUCCGCGCCACGAAUGAAAGUUAUACAAUCUUUGUUCCCAAGAACGAAGUAUUCAACGAAGUUAAGGAAUGGUAUGACGAACUUUUGGAAAACACGGAGGAUCUGGAUAACGUCAUUCGUUCACACAUUGUCCCGAAUGUCAUUUGCUGCGCUGGAAUUGUGCAGUCUGAUUGGCCAUUCAUUCGUACUACGGAAACAAUUAACCAGCAGCGGCUGAAGUUGAAUCGCAAUCGGCGCCCACAGGUGCAGAAUGCAGGCGUAACCAAAUGUGAUAUCGUCGCCAAGAAUGGAAUUAUUCAUGAGAUUAACGAUGUGAUUAGUGUGCAGAAGAAACAGCGGGCCGAACCUCAGGGAUUCCCAAGCUUUGCUCGGCCGCUGACGUUCUGGUUCUGAGGCAAGCUUUGGAAUUCUGGCGAUGUGCACUGAAUAUAUUUGUUUUCGAAUAAAGUGUAAUUUAACUGCUUAAUAUUUUACACAUAGCGACACCUACUUGUUAAACAUUUCAAAAGAUACGAGACUGUACGACAAUGUAAACAUUGUAGAUUGCAUCUAAUUGAUAUUAUAAAUAUUCGAUGCAUGCCGUUGGAUAACUGAUAAAUAUAAUUUUAUGAAAAAGAAAUAA